AUGGCAGAGACAAGAGCAGAGACAGAUGCUUUUGGGGAGGUUCAAGUGCCGGCAGACAAGUACUGGGGCGCGCAGACUGAGAGAUCUUUGGAGAACUUCAGAAUCAAUCAGCCACAAGACCGCAUGCCUCCACCUAUUAUCAAAGCCUUCGGUAUCCUGAAAGGCGCGGCAGCAACGGUUAAUAUGGGAUUUGGCCUUGAUCCUAAAGUUGGCAAAGCCAUUCAACAAGCUGCGGCGGAGGUUGCGGACCUCAAGCUCAUCGACCACUUCCCCCUCGUUGUCUGGCAGACUGGCUCUGGAACACAAUCAAACAUGAACGCAAACGAGGUCAUCUCAAAUAGAGCAAUUGAGAUUUUGGGAGGCACAAUGGGUAGCAAGAAGCCUGUUCACCCAAACGAUCAUGUCAACAUGAGCGCCUCCUCGAAUGAUACUUUCCCUACCGUUAUGCACAUUGCGGCUGUUCUUGAGAUUGAGCACGAACUUAUUCCUGCUAUCAAGUCUCUCCGCGAUGCGGUCCAGAAGAAGGUUGACGAAUUCGAAGCCAAGAACAUCAUCAAGAUUGGAAGAACACAUUUGCAAGACGCAACGCCAUUGACUCUUGCCCAAGAGUUCUCUGGAUACGUAGCACAAUUAGACUUCGGAAUCAAACGUGUGGAGUCUUCGCUCCCUGACCUCCGACUGCUGGCACAAGGUGGAACUGCUGUUGGCACUGGUAUCAAUACCUUCAAGGGCUUUGCUGAGAAGAUUGCGGAGGAAGUCACCAAGAUGACUGGCACUGAAUUCAAGACUGCCCCCAACAAGUUCGAGUCUUUGGCUGCUCACGAUGCUAUUGUACAGGCUUCUGGAUCACUCAACACUCUUGCCUCAUCACUUUUCAAGAUUGCGCAGGACAUCCGAUAUCUCGGCUCUGGACCUCGUUGCGGACUUGGUGAAUUGGCCCUUCCUGAAAAUGAGCCGGGAAGCAGUAUCAUGCCUGGCAAGGUUAACCCCACUCAAUGUGAGGCCCUUACCAUGGUAUGUGCUCAAGUCAUUGGUAACCACACUGCAACGACCAUUGGUGGCAUGAAUGGACAGUUCGAAUUGAACGUAUUCAAGCCUUUGGUCAUCCGAAACCUGUUACAUAGCAUCAGGAUUCUCAGCGACGGGAUGAGGAGCUUCGAGAAGAACUUGGUUGUUGGACUCAAGGCAAAUGAGGAGAAGAUUGCGAGCAUUAUGAAGGAAUCUCUCAUGCUGGUCACUUGCCUGAACCCAAAGAUCGGAUACGACAUGGCAAGCAAAGUCGCCAAGAACGCCCAUAAGAAGGGCUUAACACUAAAAGAAUCGGCUAUGGAGCUCAAGGCUUUGACCGAGGAAGAAUUCGAUGCACUUGUACGUCCGGAGUUGAUGGUUGGUCCUGAGGACUACAAGGGUAAAUAG